AUGGACGCCAGCGGCCGCACAGUUCUGGAGCCGGGCGGCAACAAGGCCUCGGCCAAGCAGCUGUUCGGCAAGGAGGAGCUCGCGGCCAUCAUGAGGUUUGGCGCGGAGGACCUGUUCAAGGGGGCGGCGGAGGAGCAGGAGGCCGCGCGCCAGCAGCAGCGCGCCAUGCUGGAGGAGGACAUCGACGCGAUUCUGGAGAGGGCCGAGGUCGUGGAGGCGCGAGAGGGGGAGGGGGAGGAGGGCGCGGCGGCCGACCUGCUGGGCAGCUUCAACGUGGCGACGUUCAACACCGCGGAGGACGACGCCACGUUCUGGGAGCGCCUCAUCCCCCCGGAGGAGCGGGUGUCACUGGAGGAGCGGGACGAGCUGCUGCUGCCCCGCGCCGCGCGCCUCAAGCCAGAGGACCGCGAGGCGCUCGGCCUCGCCCCCGCCUCCGCCUCCGAAGACGACAGCGGCUCCGACGGCGGCGGCAGGGACCGGCGCGCCCGCGGCGGCGGCGGGGCCGGCGGCGGCGGGGGCGGGAAGAGGCGGGGCGCCGCCGCGAGGAGCGCCGGCGCGGGGAAGAAGAAGCACGUGUCGGGCGCGGAGCCGGGGCCGGCGAUUGAGGGGGCGGCGCUGCGGGUGGAUGAGUGGCUGCUCGACGUGGAUGAGGAGGGGCGGCCGCAGCAGGAGGGCACCCCCGCGCCAGGCGGCGGCAAGCGCGCGUCGGGCUCCCCGCGUGGCGGCUCUCCCGACCCCGCGCCCGCCAACGUGCGCACCAUCAGCCGCCGCGACGCCGCCGCGUUCGUGCGGGCGGUGCGGCGGUACGGCCUGCCUCAGCGGCUGCCCGCCAUCGCAGCAGAGGUCGGCCCGGCCCUGGAGGACGCGCCCCCAAGGCAGCGCCUGAGCCUGUGGCGCAGCCUGGUGGACGGCUGCAGGACGGCCGUGGACGAGACGCCCGAGGACGCCAAGGACGCCAUGCUCGAUUUCUUCGGCGUCCCCGUGAAGGCCCAGGAGCUCCUCAAUCACCUCGCCCAGAUGAAGCUGCUCGCCAAGCAGCUGCUCGCCCUCGAGGACGCCGGCCAGCAGCUGCCGCGCGCCUUCCGCCUUGAGGCCGGCGCCGCGCCGCCGGCGCCGAAGUGGGGGCCCGCGGUCGGGUGGGGGGCGGCGGACGACGCGGCGCUGCUGGUGGGGGUGUUCUGGCACGGCAUCGGCCACUGGGAGGGCAUCCUGGGGGACCCGCGGCUCGGGCUGGCCGGCAAGCUGUCGUGCGUGCUCGCGCCGCCGCAGAAGCCGGCCGCGCCGGCGGCGACGCCGCCGCCGGACGGCGGCGGCGAGGCCGCGGCGGCGGCGGCGGCGGAUAAAGAGGCGCGGGAGAAGGAGCACCUCCCAAAAGGUGGGGCUGGGGGCUGGGGGCGUGCUUGGCCGUGGGGUCUGCAGGGGUUUGGGGCUGUGGGGCUGUGGGGCUGCGCUCACUGA